CCGUCCGGUUGGGGUCUGGGGUGGUGGGUUGCUAUGCUCAGCGUUGGGCUGGGGAGCCUGCUCAUCAGCACCCCAGCAGAAAGGGUCAAACUCUGGUAACUGAUGAUGGUUGUACCCAAUGUGCAGCAGGGUUCCUGUGUUCUGGGGCAGCGCCUGGAUCUCUGGGACUUGGAGCUUCCCCCCAUCUCCUACGCAUCUUUGGGGGGCGGAUCUGUGGUCCCUCACACUCUCUAUUGGACGCUCCUAUAGAAAAACCUUACAUAAUCAAGCGCGUGCACACACAGGUGCUCACAUGGUGCUCUCAAAAGUAUGGGCUUAGGCACGUUCAACACAUGUCUUAACCCUUUGAUGCAUAAUGGCCACUACAGUGGACAGGUACUCAAAAUUGUUAUUUAUUUAUUUUUGCUAUUAAGCACAGCUAUUGAAGACUUUAUUGCAUUUGAACCCCUCCAUUUGGACUAAAGUAAGUCAAGCCAACAUAUUUCAUUUUCAGAAUGCACGCUGUCUACUGUGGUGGACGUGUAAUAAACUGUGUAAAUUAAAUGUUACAAAGAAUAUGUAAAUAUGAAAUUUGUUUCAUUCACACCUAAAGAUGAAUGAAAAAAAAUGUUUAAAAAAUCUUGGUUGAAGAUUUCAUAAUUCAUGCAUCAAAGGGUUAAGGCUGUCGUUGCCACUACAUGCACUAUGAUUUAUUAUCGUGUGAUUGUUCAGUUAAACAAUGUUCAUUUUAUAUAGGGCUGCACAAUAUAUCGAAAAAUUAUCGUCAUCGCGAUAACGGGACGUGCGAAAGCCCAUCGCAAAACACGGCAAAAACAGCGAUAAAUGUUUGGUUCAAACAUUUCCAUCUGUGUCAAACAACCAGCUCUGUUUUUUACGCGGAAGUAUUAUUUGACCAAUCAAAUGUAGUCCUUCUGACAUACGGCCAAUCAGAUGGUUCCGUUCACGUAAUACGCCCGCCCCCUACAUAGAUCCUUUUGGAAAGCAACACCCGAACAUUAGCGGCGCCAUUCCCUUGUUCGCCAUGCUGGCUCAGAGCAACAAAUGCACUUUGUGCUGAUGUUUCUGGAUUCAGCGCUGCUUUCAAACGUGAACGUGACUCCGCUCGGUGUCGUUAAUCAUUUUUACCGGGCUGACUCCGACACGUGCCGGUGAACCAACCCACCUUCAUGUCGCUAGUGUUAGCCCCAGGCUCCGGUUAGCUUCCAGCUAAAAGGCUACAGCACUCUCCUCCCAGUCCCACCCUGCUAAAGAGGGCCUGGAAAAGUUCCCCCACACAUCAAAGUGAUUUUUCAUUUAUGAGCUUUUAUAACCUCGUUAAUCAGGAUAGUUGAUUUGCUGCUGCACAUAAGCUGUCAGUCAGAAGCUCUGCUAGCCGGUUAUCCUAAGAGGAGCUAGUUCAGUUUGUUAGCUGGUUAUCAGAAUCAUAGUUGCAGUUUCAUCAUCUGAGCUGCUUUUUAAGAUCCAGGUAAACUUGUUCAAUUUGGGGUUAAAAACAAACGUUUUCACAUAUUUUCCAUGUAGUUUUUUGCCAGUUCCUCUUCUGAAAGGUAGACAAUGGUUUUUCUCUUUCCCUCAGAAAAUCUUAAUAUUCUCCUAGUUUGGCCCAGCACAGUUCACUUCCCAAUAGCAGCAUCAGCCUUAUAUCAUAACCACAUAAGUGGAGAAAAUGUUCAGUAGCAAUGAGAGAAUUUGCUGUUGCAUUGAAGUGAUGUUAACUAUUAUUUAACAUUUAAAGUCUUUCUGAUAUUUUUAUUUAUUCUAAAAACCCUGGUAAGGGAUGUUUUUCUGUAUUUGGAGCAUCAGAAAAAGUUUUAUGGUGGAGGUGAUGUUUUAAAGUCACUGAGAAACUGCAUGCAUGCAGUUUGUUGUUUUGCUGCUAAUACAGUAGUAGGUGCAGCUGCAUAUUUUUGCAAUAAAAAUGGUAUGUUGUAAUGGAAUUCAUGCAUUAGUUGUUGUUUGCUUUGAACCCAGAACAGACGUCACACGCCAGACGACAUCAACACUGCAUACUUUAGUAUUUGUUCAUUUAUCGUGAGUAAUAUCGAUAUCGCAAUAUUAAGCACUGCAGGUUUUCCUAAUAUCGUGCAGCCCUAAUUUUAAAUUUCACCAUAAGGUUGACGCGGUGAUAGCUUGCUCCUGAUGUAUUGUUGUGUGUCCCAUUUUUUAAAAUUCUAUUCUUUCUCUUUCUGCAGGUCUAGAAGCAGACACUUGUUAAUUAUUGUUUAUUUUUGUGGAACCCCCCCUUCCCCCCUUCUCCCCACCUUUUGUCAUUUCCUUUCUCUUUCACCUCUGACUCCGUGUCUGGUCGGAAUUACAAAGCAUUAAAAAACAAUUAAAAAAAGGUGGAAAAAAAACUUUGUUGGCAAUGAUAGAGAUCAAAUGUUUUCUGUAAGUCUUCGCAAGGAUUUCACUAUUGCUGGUAUUUUGGUCCAUUUAUCCAUGUGAAAAGUGGGAGGGUUAACUCCUCACCCCUGCCACGUGGACCUCAAGGGAUAAACCAUCAAUCCUGCUCAGAGGUCAACUUUCCUCACGGGGUUACCCAUGAAGAAAUUGGGAAGGCUUGAGCAGUGAUGUUUUGGGGCCGUCGGUGGGCAAAACGGACUUUUAACUCCCUCCAAAGAUUUUCAAUAGGAUUGAGAUCUUGAGACUAUAAACCACUCCAGGACCUUGAAAUGCUAAUUAUGAAGCCACUCCUUUGUAACCUAGGCAGUGGCGGUGCUAGAGGGCGCUAUAGCUACCCCUGGAUUAGUCAUUGCACCCCCAUAGCACCCCCAAGUAAAUAUUAGAUUUUUUUUAACGAUUUAAUUUUAAUUUAACGUGUGGAUGUGAUAAUAUUUAACAUACAAAACAAAAAUAAUCUGUAAAUUAUCAUGUUGUAGAUAGUAAAAACUUAAACCAAAACAGGAAAUUGAUGUUAACCUUUGACCUCAUUUUCUACCUGCAAACGAGUGAAUGGUAGAGCUAGUGGUAAAAUGAAUCAGUUUUUGUUGCCCAAAUUUCCACAGGUUCAGUCAGAAACGAAUGAAUCUUUGGAAGUGAUCUCAGACCCACUAAAACCUAUGGGUCUGGAUGAAGAGUCAACCCUCAACCGCCACAGCAGUCGAGGGUUUUGCCGCUGGAAAUGCUAACACUAACGUUAGCUAACCUUGCAACACUAACAUCUUCUUUCCACCAACAUGUAAGCAUCGAAAAAUGGCUGUGAUACGUACUUAGCUGUAAUUAGCCGCCGUUCUAAUGGACAGGUUCCUUUUUUACCGGCCUUGAAGCUUCAUGUUUUGGGCAUGUCCUAGAGUAUAAUGCUUUUAUCUCCAUUUCCAGAACACGUCCAAACUCUACAGUUUAGAUUGGGCCAGACAUGAAGUCGAUAGCAAAAACAGUGUAAAACAUUUGGAAACUUUCAAAAUAAAAGUCGCAAGCAGAUUUCCAGUUGCUUAACUAGACAAAAACAAAGUACUUCCUCACCUCUGUAAUUGAGGUAGACAGAACAGAAUAUAAACCUCAGACCUUUUUGGACACAGCCGUCUUUCUUCUUGCUUGUUAUUGUAUAAACUUCCAAGUUCAGGACCAGCUGCGUGGAACAGCAUCUAGAUCACUCUUGCGGGUUAGGGGUGGGGACUGGAGCUCGUGAGUAAAACGUCUCUAUUACGUUAGGCACAGCUUUUGCGUCCAGUGGAAAGGAAGGGGUAACACCGCCAAACAAACUGAGCAUUGUGAUUGGCAAGACACUAAACUUCUAAGGCCAAAUAUAAAUCAUUCAUACUCAAAAGGAUUUUUAUAGCACAAUUAAUUAUCCAAACCGUCUUCCAGGUUUAGCUAGGGAUUCACUCCUCAGAAUUCCUGCAAGUCCACCAGAGACUUGUUUUAUUUUUUAAUUACUUUCAAGGAAUUAGUCAGAAAUUGUUGUUGAAACAGAAAAAAUAAAAGCUGUGAAGCAUUAUUCUUUCCCCACAGUACUUAAUGAACCAAUUUUCUUUACCAGCCGUGUUUCAUUUCUUGCCUGAGUCAACUGGAACGCUGAAUUAGCUGGUAGCAGUAGCAGCCAAUCGAGUCAGAGCCUAAAAGGAAAUGCUCCGACGAGCUAAAACACAACUGUCAUCCUCACCAUCAUCUUUCCAUCUCUGUCUGCACCUGUUUGUGUUUGUGAAUAUUUGCAUGCAAAAGGUAAAGGAGGCAUUUCCCUCACCUGUGGCACCCAAUGGUAUACCAUCCUCUGUUGCACUGCCCCAGUCCGGGUCAAAUGAUCAAGAGUGUGUUCAUCCAACUGCAAAGAUUCCAGAGCUGAUCCCAUCAGAGGAAGACUACAAGAGAGUCAAGAAGAUCUUCACUCUAGAUGGCGAGAAUCGGGCUGGAGGCCACAAACACUCUAAGUCCCGUCUUGUUGAGGACCCGGUGGCCAUCCUUCAGGCGGAGCACGCAAAUGCGACUAAGGGGAAAUCCGAGGAGGAUAUAAAAGCAGAGAAAGCCUGGUAUAACACAGAAAAAGUGUGGCUUGUUCACAAGGAUGGAUUUUCGUUGGCAACCCUCCUGAAGACGGAGACAGGCAGCCUGCCAGAGGGGAAGGUAAAAAUCCGCCUGGAGAGUGAUGGAUCUUUAUUGGAUGUGGAUGAAGAUGAUGUGGAGAAGGCAAACCCUCCGUUGUUUGACCGAGUGGAGGACUUGGCCUCUCUGCAGUAUUUGAAUGAGUCGAGCGUGAUGCACUCCCUGCGGCAGCGGUACGGCAGUAACCUGGUGCACACCCACGCCGGGCCCAACAUGGUGGUCAUUAACCCCAUUAGCGCCCCCUCUAUGUAUUCUGAGAAGGUGAUGCAGAUGUUCAAGGGCUGCAGAAAAGAGGACACUGCCCCUCAUAUUUACAGCAUGGCUCAGUCCGCCUACAGGAACCUGCUCACCACUCGCCAGGAUCAGUCCAUCGUCCUGCUUGGGAAGAGUGGAAGUGGGAAAACCACAAACUGUCAACACAUCAUCCAGUAUCUGGUUACAGUGGCUGGAAGCACCAACAAAACCUUCUCCACAGAGAAGUGGCAAGCAGUCUAUUCCGUCUUGGAGGCGUUUGGAAACGCCUCUACUUGUAUGAACGGGAAUGCUAGCCGUUUCUCCCAUGUUGUUUCCUUGGAGUUCGAUCAGGCAGGAUUGGUGAUGUCCGCUUCCAUCCAGACCAUGCUCCUGGAGAAAAUGAGGGUGAUAAGAAGACCAGAGGGAGAAUCCACGUUUAAUGUGUUUUACUACCUGAUGGCUGGAGCAGAUAGCUCUCUCAGAACCGAGCUUCACCUCAACCACUUUGCCGACAACAAUGCGUUUGGAGUCAUGCCACAGACUAAGGCAGAGGAGAAGCAGCGGGCUUCGCAGCAGUUUUCCAAGCUGCAGGUAGCCAUGAAGGUUCUGGGGAUCAGCGCCGAUGAGCAGAGGGCCCUUUGGCUCGUCCUCGGGGCCAUCUAUCAUCUCGGAGCUGCAGGAGCUACCAAGACUGGCAGGAAACAAUUUGCACGUCACGAGUGGGCCCAGAAGGCUGCCUACCUGCUGGGCUGCACCCUGGAGGAGCUUUCCUCUUCCAUCUUCAAGCAUCAAGCCAAGGGCACCCUGCACAGAGCCGGCGCCAUCCGCCAGGCUCCGGAGGAAAAUGGCACAGCAGAUGCAGGAUCCAAAUCUACAGCCAUGGAGUGUUUGGAGGCAACGGCGUCUGGGCUCUACUCUGAACUCUUUAAUGUCGUCAUUUCUUUGAUAAACAGGGCCUUGAAAUCCAACCAGCACUCUCUGUGCUCCCUGCUCGUUGUGGACACGCCGGGCUUUCAAAACCCAAGGCUCUCUAAGCGCGAGAGCGGCACAACCUUUGAAGACCUCUGCCACAACUACACUCAGGAGCGUUUGCAGAGCCUCUUCUACCAGCGCACCUUUGUUCAGGAGUUGGAAAGAUACAAAGAGGAGAACAUUGAGCUCGCCAUUGAUGACUCGGAGCACAGCCCUUCUCUUUCCGUAGAAGUAGUCGACCAAUCUUCAAGCCAAGCACUGGUGCGCGCAGUUCGGACAGAAGAGGCCCGGGGCCUCCUGUGGCUCCUGGAGGAGGAGGCCCUGCAGCCGGGGGGGUCAGAGGAAACACUUCUCGGACGUCUCUUUAGCUACUAUGGCCCAGCUGAAGGAGAGAGCAAAGGUCACACGUUCCUUCUGAGGAGCGAGAAGGAAAAUCACUUCCUGCUGGGCCACAGUCACGGGACGGACUGGGUGGAGUACGACGCUCGUGGGUGGCUGAACUACGCCAAGCAGAAUCCCGCCUCCACCAAUGCUGUCAGCCUCCUGCAGGACUCCCAGAAGAAGAUCAUCAGCUCCUUGUUCAUGAGUCGAGCAGCUGGAGCCACCGUGUUGUCCGGUUCCAUCGCUGGCCUUGAGGGGACUUCCACCAUGACCUUUCGAAGGGCUACUAGCAUAAGGAAGACCUUCACCACAGGGGUCGCUGCUAUCAAGAAGAAAUCAUCUUGCAUCCAGAUAAAGCUUCAAGUGGAUGCCCUUCUUGACAUGUUGCGGAGGUCUAAGACUCACUUUGUUCACUGCAUCUUGCCCAAGGCAGAUGCUCUGCGGGCUCUUAGUGGAUCUCUGUUCAAAGGUGGGGAACCUGAGGCUCAGGGGGAGCCUGGAGAUCCUGGCUUAAUGCAGCUAGAUGUAGCCCUGCUCCGUGCUCAGAUACGUGGAUCCAAGCUGCUUGAUGCUCUUCGGAUCUACAGGCAAGGCUACCCCGAUCACAUGGUGUUUUCGGAGUUUCGACGGCGCUUUGAUGUGCUGGCCCCGCAUCUCACCAAGAAGCACGGGAGGAAUUACAUUGUGAAGGAUGAGAGGAGAGCAGUGGAGGAGCUCCUGGAGUCCUUGGAUUUGGAGAAGAACAGCCACCACAUGGGUCUGAGUAGGUUGUUUUUCCGAGCUGGCACUCUGGCUAAGCUGGAGGAGCAGAGGGAUGAGCAGACCAAGCGCAAUCUAACCCUGUUCCAAGCGUCCUGCAGAGGUUACCUGGCACGGCAAGCCUUCAAGAAGAGAAAGAUCCAGGACCUUGCAAUCAGGUGCGUUCAGAAAAACAUCAAGAAGAAUGGCGGCGUGAAGGACUGGCCCUGGUGGAAGCUGUUCACCACGGUCCGGCCACUCAUUAGAGUUCAGCUCACAGAGGAGCAGAUGCGGAGCAAAGACGAGGAGAUACAGCAGCAGAAAUUGAAGUUGGACAGAGUGGAGAAGGAGCGAAAUGAAUUGAGACUCAACACUGAUCGAUUGGAGAGCAGGAUCGCAGAGUUGCUGGCAGAGCUUGCUGACGAGAGGAGCACCAGCGAGUCGGCUUCCCAGCUGCUGGAGACGGAGACUUCAGAGAGGCUCCGCCUGGAGAGGGACAUGAAGGAUCUACAGGUAACAUCUGAUGCCAUGAAGAAGCAGUUAGAGUCCCAGGAAAUGGAGUUGAUGGAAGCACGGCUAAUGAAAACAUCAGAACUCAACGGAGAGAUGGACGACGACGACGACUCCGGAGGAGAGUGGCGGAUAAAAUACAACCGAGCCGUUCGAGAAAUGGACUUCAGCAAAAAGAAACUCCAGCAGGAUUUUGAUGACAAGCUGGAGACAGAGCAGCAGAGCAAACGACAAGUCGAGAGAAAGCUGGCUAAUUUACAGACAGAUAAUGAGGAUUUGCAGCGCUCCGUGCAGCAGCUGAAGAAGAAAUGCCAGAAGCUGACGGCCGAGCUGCAGGACACCAAGCUUCACCUGGAGGGCCUACAGAGCCGAAACCACGAUCUGGAGAAGAAACAGAGGAAAGUUGACCUGGAGCAGAGCCAGGCUCAGGCUGAGGUACAAAGAGAAAAGAGCCAGCGGGAGAAACUGGCUCGAGAGAAAGACAUUAUUACUGGUGAGAUAUUUAACCUCCGCCAGCAGUUGCAGGACAAGGACACUGAGCUUUGUGCCACCAAUGUGAAAGUUCAUCAACUGGAGGAAGAGUUGCAGGAUCUGUCCUCCCAGGAGUCCAAGGAUGAGGCCUCACUGGCCAAGCUGAAGAAGCAGAUUCAUGACCUUGAGGCGAAGGUGAAAGACCAGGAGGAGGAGCUGGAUGAACAGGCUGGAUCUAUACAAAUGUUGGAGCAGGCUAAGCUGCGACUUGAGAUGGAGAUGGAGCGGCAGCGGCAGAGCCACUCCAAAGAGAUUGAGAGCAAGGAUGAGGAGGUGGAGGAAAUCAGGCGCUCCUGCAGUAAGAAGCUGAAGCAGAUGGAGGUGCAGCUGGAGGAGGAGUACGACGACAAGCAGAAAGUCUUGCGUGACAGAAGAGACCUGGAGUCCAAACUUGUGAUUGCCCAAGACCAGGUGGGCCAGAGGGACGUGGAGACGGAGAAGAGGUUGAAGAAAGACCUAAAGAGAACUAAAGUUCUUCUGGCUGAUGCCCAGAUCAUGUUGGACCACCUUAAGAGCAACUCCCCCAGCAAGAGAGAGAUAGUCCAGCUCAAAAAUCAACUGGAGGAGUCAGAGUUCACUUGUGCAACAGCAGUAAAAGCUCGGAAGAUCAUGGAGAUGGAGAUAGAGGACUUGCACAUCCAGAUGGAGGACGUGGUGAAAACGAAGAUCUCUCUGGAGGAGCAGGUCAGCCGUCUGCAGAGGGAGAAGAAUGACCUGCAGUCACGCAUGGAGGAGGAUCAAGAGGACAUGAACGAGCUGAUGAAGAAACACAAAGCUGCUGUUGCACAGUCUGCCAGGGACUUGAGCCAGAUCAGUGACCUACAGGCUCAGCUGGAAGAAGCCACAAAGGAAAAGCAGGAGAUCCAAGAAAAGCUCCAUUCGCUGCAGAGCCAGUUAGAGUUCCAGGAGCAGUCCAUGGUGGAGAAGUCGCUGGUGAGCCGUCAGGAGGCCAAAAUCCGCGAGCUGGAGACCAAACUGGAGUAUGAGAGGACUCAGAUCAAGCGCUUGGAGAGCCUGGUGGGUCGUCUGAAGGAGAAUCUAGAAAAGAUGACGGAGGAGAGAAACCAACACAUUGCUGCAGAAAACCGGGAGAAGGAGCAGAAUAAACGUAUUCAGAGGCAGACCAGAGACAUGAAGGAGGAGAUGGCAGAACUGUCCAAAAAGGAGGCCGAGGCCAGCCGGAAGAAACAUGAGCUGGAAAUGGACAUUGAGAGUUUAGAGGCAGCAAACCAGAGCUUACAGGUGGACCUGAAGCUGGCUUUUAAAAGGAUAGGGGACCUACAGGCGGCCAUCGAGGACGAGAUGGACACCGAUGACAACGAUGACUUAAUCAACAGUUUGCAAGACACGGUGACAAAAUAUCAGAAAAGAAAGAACAAAAUUGGGGGGGAAACUGACACGGACUCAGAACUGGAGGACCGUGUAGACGGGGUUAAGUCGUGGCUCUCGAAGAACAAAGGCCCCAACAAGAUUCAGACUGAUGAAGCAAGUCUAAAGAGCAGCAGAUACUCAGCAAAUUCGGAUGCGAAGGAGACGAAAGAGGGUAAGGAGAAGAUGAGCGAUGGUGGUAAAGAUGGGAAGGAGGUGGAGCAGAGCCGAUCUGUGUCUGUCAUGAGUUCCCUCAGCUACAGGAAACGCUCCAAUCUGAAGGACUCCAUUGGAGGUACAGGGGACGAAAACUCCUUGUUUAGCACUUUGAAAGAACAGCCUGACCUUCCUGACCAUGCUGCCAUCCGCAAAGCCAAGUCAAAGACUGGUGAGGUUCAGGAGGAGAGGAUGAAGAGUUUAGAAGAUCUAGACGACAAGGGCUCCAUCAUCUCCCUGGCCUAUUCUGAAGCCACCAGCAGAGCCAGGAAGGGCUUGGAGUCCCGCUGGACAUCCCGCAGCAGCCCGGAGUUUGAUAAGGAGUCCACGGUUUCUUCAGUGGCCCCCAGCAGGAUGUCUACCAGGAGGGGCAUGUUGGACAUGGAUGAGGACAACAAGUCAACCAUCAGCAGCGUGAGCCGUUCCAGCCCCCGUUCACUGCGUCGCAGCAGCUCUCGCAUGUCAGUAGCCCGCAGCUGUGGCCUCAGCGAAUUCGGACUUCACGUAAAUGAUGACGAUGGCCAGAGUGCUGUUUUCAGUGAUGGUGGACACUCGCCUUACUGUUCCAUCAGCCGCAGCUUCUCCAUGCCACCUCAGCCACGUUCCUCAGAGGGAAAUCCAGCCAACACUUCCGACGUUAAAUCAGUCACCCACAAGAACUACCUGGACCCUGACUUGGAGGCUGCAAUCAAUGAGGUGUUGAGCUUCAAACCCAUCAAGUUCAAACGCAGCAAGCUGUCCGAGUCUAGUAGUGAGGAGGAGAAGAAAGGUCCAGGAAGUGAGGACAGUAGGAAGAAAGAAGAUGAUGAUGGCUUGGGCCGCAGCGCAUCGAGCCUGCUUCGCUCUUCAUCCAGCUCCACUCAGGAUUAUGGUAGACACAAGUCCAGGACCUCCCGCGCCUCCCGCAGUCGUAAAGAUAAAAAAUCUAAAACCUCCUCAUCGUCAAAGUCCUCUUCCUCCUCCUCAUCCUCCUCCUCCUCCUCUUCUUCUGAAGAUGAUGAUGAUCAUCGCAGCAGGAAGAGCACCAAGGGGAAAAAGGACAAGAAGUCUAAAAGGAAGUCCAGGAAAAAUAUAAGUGAGUCAGAAGAUUCCUCCUCCUCUUCCUCUUCAGAGUCAUCGGAGUCCUCCUCAUCUGGGUCGACCGUCUCCUAUCGAAGCUCCAGUAGUGUGAAGAGGAACCCGAAGCAGCAUUAUGAUGAUGAGACACAGAAGGGCGCUCGUGGACAAUCCAGCAAGAAGGAAGGCAAGAAGAAACAGAAGAAGAUGGAUAACUUGAUGAUGAAGUACCUCUACAGGCCCGACAGUGACUGAUACCGGCACUACAAGCCCUCCUGUGUACGGGAGACACCUGAGCGUUGGCAGAUCUGAUGAAGAGGAUGAAGCUGACCGAGACUCCAGCAGGCAGUCCCUGAGGCUAAGCAACAGUGACGGCUCAUUGAUUGAGAGCUCGUCGUAGUCUUCACUCAGCCAACCUUGUUCUGUCAGUGACACCAAUCACACAGGAGGAACAUGCCCCUCCACCCCCUACUGUAUUACCACUGACCAGCCGGCAAGGACACGGGAGGCUCAUGAAGAACACCCGCUUUAGAAAUAACACGGCUUUCACUUUUCAUCACGUUUAUUAUGGUGCAACCUCUCUAAGCGUGAUGCGAUCCUGCUCCCAUGGCUAAAAUUGGGCUUUAUUUUCCAUGACAACAAACUGAGUCAAUCACACAGAACCAAAUAUAUAUAUAUAUAUAUAUAUAUAUAUAUAUAUAUAUAUAUAUAUAUAUAUAUAUAUAUAUAUACACUAAAACCUGUCGUUAGCUUUAAAAACUUUCUUCUGCUGCUUUAUUUCACCACAGCUGCUUCUUUCAAGCAAAUUUAAGCUCUGCUCUGCUCACUCGCUCUCUGACGUCACUCUGCCAAGAGGAUUUAGAUAAGCUGCUCCGGCUGGACUUCUUCAAGAAGGUCUGACCAACUAUUAAGAUUAUUCUUAUCUCAUCUCCACCCACAUGGACUAGCACCAGAACCUCUACCAGUCUCUGUUAACGGUCUGGCUGUAGGUUUACACGUAGCUCAUGUUCUGAACACAGAUUUCUUUAUGUGGACAGCUGAUAAGUAAUAUAUAUUUAUAUAUAUAAUUAUAUCAUCUGAAAAUAAAUAAAUAUUCAAACAAAGCAGUUAAGUGUUUAAAUGUGACUUUUUCUGGAUGUUAUUACAUCUGGAAUAAAAUGCUUUGCACAAUAUUUGAAUGAAUGAAAUUCCCCUCCUUAAAGCUCUUAAAGAGCCAUUCUGCAGACACGUAUAUGAUAUUUAUCUUUAUUUUUAACCGUAAGAGGAAUGCAUGCUGGAAAGCUUUUGCUUCUGUGGCAUAAUUCCUGAAGUUGAAAGGGAAUACAUUUGUUGCUAUCACACAUGAGCUUUCUCACCGCUUGCUCGGUCUGGCUGAUGCUGACAUGCACGCAUUACUGGAGUAUUUUUAAGGUGCAUCAAGAUACAUAAGCUGCAGUUCCUUCACACGCUGCAGAAGUUUUGCAUUUGCUCUUCAUGUUAUGUGCUGCAGCAGUAGAAUAACUAAGGCGUGAUGUGUUGCGGGUUCAGUGUGCCUAAUAUCACCGUGAGUAGCUCAGGUGUUGACUGAAUAAAUUCCAAGUUUAUAAAUAAGCUGAUUUCCAGAGAUCAGCACCCAACCUUUUGUCAUAUUGGUCUGAAAGACUCUAAACUCAUUGGCCAGAGUUGAUCCAGCUGCACCAUCGAUGUGAAGAUAUGCAUAAAUCUGCACAAAUCUGCUGGGACUUCACACGGCGACCCGCAGGACCCAGAGGAGCUAGCGUUCUGGUACCCGGCAGCACCUGGUAACCCCCAGGGUACCCCACACACCAAAGCUGUGGUACAUGAUGUUGACACAAUGGCUGCUCCCUGUGGAGUUCUAUGGAAAUAUCCGAGAUCAAAGAACUUAGCCCAGCAGAGAAGCAGACAUGCUCUAAACUGUAAAAUCAGAUUGUAACAUUACUUAAAAAAAACAUGCAAACUAAUUGCGCUUAAAAUAAAAAGUACUUGGGAAUAGGUAGUAAUGUGAUGGAGCUACUAAUAUUUACAAAGUAAAAUGCACUUAGAUGCAAGUUAGUAACUAAGAGAAACUGGUAUAUAGUACUUUAAAAUUUGCUUACUUGUAUUUCUGAAUUUUCUAUACUUAAAGUGACCGUGUGUAGUUUCCAUGGUGAUCGGGGGCAGUAGUUGCCUAAAUCAUUGCAAGCAAGUAGUUUUCUUGUGUUCAAGUAAGACCUUGCCAACAGAUGGCCAUUAGGGUCAAAAAUCCUUGUGAGUGCAACCUCCAGCAAAAUAACAAGAACAUCAGAUUCCCUUUCAUCACUUGCAAUCAGUGAAGAGGUACAUGUGUAAAAGAACGUUUAUUAAUGCUGAAAGUUUUGUAACCAUUUGUUACAAAUCAGUAAACGCAUUCUGUCCUCACAGGCUUCCGUAGAAGGAAACUGCAUCCAACAUGGCGUCGCCCAGAGAUUUAAACCCGCACCCAAUUUUUAUGGUUAUGUUAUGAAACGGACAAAAUUUUUCAACAACUGGUAUCUUAAUUCAUUUACAACAUUUCAAUGGAUAUUUCCAGGGAUUAAUGGUAAAAACUACACAUUGUCACUUUAAGCAGUAGUAAACAGUCAGCAUACUUCUACGUUUGUUUUACUAGUUUGUUUUAUUAACUUGCAUUAAAGGACAUUUUAUUUUGGAUGCAUUAGUGACUCCAAUACAUCUAUUCCUGCAUGCUAUUUUUUAAGUGUAUUAAUAGCACUGGAUCUCGAGAAUAAAAGGGUCCGACUAUGUUGAUUUUGGUAUGCUAAAAUCAUCAGCUUAUUUUAUCUACAGCUAUCAAGUUAGAUAAGUCAACACAAACGCAUAAAAAAGAAAAAAAUGCCAGAGUGUUUGUGUGUUUUUUCUCAUGCAAAGUGAAAAAGUGACUAUUUGCAUAUCAGAAAAGGUUUAUUAGCAUUUUCUUUAUUUUUUUGUGCAUCUGACAUGAAUAUUAAUGCAGGAGAGCAGAAGUCUUUCAUGUCAGUGAUACCAAAUAGACUCGUUAAUAAAUAUAUUGGAUUCCUGUAUAUCUAGUUACCAUCUUCACACAUAAUGUGCAAAUGUUUCUACUCUAAUCAUAUAUUUAAACUGUGUUUUCAUUAUGGAGCCGAUUGCUUGUAUAUGGAUGAUUUUGGAGACAUUUUUGUGUUUUAAAUAAAUUCUGUUUGUACACAGA